UAUCAAACUCUGCACCAAGUCAUAUUCAACACUCUACCUUAUUUUCUCGUGACUGUUCGUUUGCUUCCCCUGAGGCAAAGCCGCAGAAGAAGAUCGAUCAGUCUUUACGCGUCGUGAUUUCUCGGGAAGAUGGAUCGUGCUCGUAAGAGACCAAUUGUCUAUGCAAUUCGAGAUUUUCCACCUGGUUGUGGAACUAAUCCCGCUAAUUUCCCUGACAAGGAUCAUUUCACCAAUUCAAGAACAAGUGAUGAUGUUGUUUCAGAUUCGGAACCUGUUGGUGCUUCUCCCAAGGAAGAACAAAAGUUUAGAACCUCUAAACACGAUCGUGUUCUUGUUCGCGCUCCAAAACCUGAAGAAACUUGUCUCAAACUACAAGAACCGGCGUUAAGAUCUUUCCAUGAUCGUGUUCUUGGAGCUCCUAAAUACAAGGGAAGUUGUUCCAAACAAGAACCAGAGUCUAAACACUCUGAUCAUGACCAUGUUGUUGCUGCACCUCCUACACCUCGUGAGAAAGUGCUCGAGGUCUUGCGUGCUUUUAAAGAUGUUUACAGAGAGUUAGAUCGAGAUAAACAAGCAAGGCGUGGUGGAGAUUCAUUUGACGCUACAGCUAGAAUAGACCUCAAAGCACAGGCUUUCCUAGAGAGUGAAGGUAAACACGUGAAUGCAGAGAAGAGAAUCGGACCAGUUCCUGGAAUCAACAUCGGCGACGAGUUUCAGUACAAAACAGAACUUCGUCUUGUCGGGCUUCACUUCAAGACCAUGUGCGGGAUCGACUACAUGGACGUAGGAGGUGUGAAGUACGCGACAAGCAUCGUCGCCUCGGAAGGAUAUGGUUACAAUGAUAAGUUUGAAGCAGGUGUUGUGAUAUACACAGGUGAAGGAGGUAACGUGAUAAGCAAGCAUGAAAAGAAAACUGAAGAUCAGAGGAUGAUCAAGGGAAACUUAGCUUUAGCUAACAGCAUGAGGCACAAGACCGAAGUGAGAGUGAUCCGUGGCCUGGAGAGAUGGGAUGGUAAAGGGAAGCGUUAUGUCUAUGAUGGGUUGUACUUAGUUGAUAAGUAUUGGUUAGAGAACGGAGUUAGUGGUAAGAGUAUGUACAAGUUCAAGCUUUGCAAAAUUCCUGGUCAGACUCAUUGACUUCAAAACAAUAAUAUUUACUUUCAAAACU